GAUUCAACAUUCUCUAAAGACUAUGGUCUAACGCAAAAUUAAACAUUCUAAAAUAUAUUGCUGAAGUCAGAUCCCCAAAUCCCAAAUCCCUAAUUUUUAGUCAAAUCCCCCUCUCAUCGGAAGCCCUUGACCCUUACCCCUCUUUCCAUGCCGAAUGACGGUUGAAGCUCCUUUAUCGGCUGAAGCUUGCUUUGCUCUGAUAUGCCGACUGCAACUUCUUUCCAAACUCUCCAUUUCCUCUGCAAUUUCGAUCUUUAAGGCCCAAAGCUUAAGUAUCAGAGCAAAUGAUCUUACUAUCCUAUAAAGAUUUGCGCUAGGAGACUAUGGUUGGUCGAGGCAGAGGUCGAGGUAGAGGCAAUCAGCCCCAACAAGCUGAGUUGGUAAAGAUGCGGAGAAUGAUUGAUGACUUGACCUGGGCUAUGCAAGCCUUGCAGCUUCAGGAACUAGUGGAAGCCCGAAUGGAGAAUCCGAAAGGUGACCAUAACCCUUUUGAGAUUCACAAUCUCGAGGAUGAUGAUGAAUUUGAGAACGAGAACCCCUUUCAUGAAGAUGUACCCGUAAAUCAAGCGGCAAGAGUUGGAUUGAAGGGUCGAUUAUUAUAUGCUCUUGAUUUAAACGGUGGAGGAAUCAGGAUCGAAGUAAUUGAUUUUCAUGAGAAAUUUCAUGCGGAGGAAUAUUUGGAUUGGGAAGCUAGUUUGAAAAAUUACUUUGAAUGGAAACCUAUGGCAGAAAAUCGAAAAGUAUUAUUUGUGAAGUUGAAAUUGAAGGGUACUGCACUUCAAUGGUGAAAGAGAGUUGAAGAGCAACGUGCACGACAAGGUAAGCUUAAAAUCAGCACUUGAGAGCACAUGAAAAGCAAAUUACGAAAGUAAUUUUUACCUGCUGAUUAUACUAUGGAAUUAUAUGAAAAGUUUUAUUGUUUAAGGCAAAAUAACAUGACCGUUGAGGAGUGUACAUUAAAGUUCAAUAACCUAUCAAUUCGAGUUGGUUUAGCUGAGAGUAACGGAUAAAUUACUUCUCGUUAUUUUGCUGGUUUAAAUCAUUUUAUUAGAGACGAGAUGAGAGUAGUUCGUUUGUACAACAUUGAAGAUGCUCGUCAAUAUGCUUUAUCAGCAGAAAAAAAGGUUUCACGCUAUGAUGCUAUAAAGGCUUUAUAUGGCACCGAUUGGCGAAACGAUUUGUCACGACCCGGAACCUCUCUCAGGCCCAUGACAAUCGUCGCAACGUCCCUGAUUAACACUCAUUAUCCGGAAU